AUGCCGCUACCAGACCUGCUCAAGACGCUCUCUUCCAAAGGUGGUCUUCCCAUGCGAGAUGCCAUGGCGGUUGCAGGCAAGCUCAUCAACGCUCGAGCUAAUACCCCGUCAGCGCUGGCACAUGUGUCGCUCAUCAUGCUACAAGACAUCGGUGUAGAGUCUGAAGAGCAUCGCAAACGUACUGUUCUUGCAUUCAAAGGGAAAAAAGCCGCUGGGAUCAUACCCACUUCCGCCGGUGCAGGAGGAACAAGCGCAGCUGGGCUAGCUCCCGAUUUUGGCGCGUACCGCAAACGCCGUCGUAUGGCAGAUGACGACGAAACACUCAGUCGAGAAUACGGAAAUAUCACUGCACCACCAGACGAGCGUCCUGGCUCGUCUCGUCGACCCAAACUGGAAACCGAAUACACGUUCAACGAGAUCCUGGACCAAUCCCUCUUGAGCGGUAGAUACGCCGUCGUCAACCGUGCACCCGUCAUGACCGUCUGGGCCACCAUACUGCUCGAAAAACUCAACUUCUCUCGCCCAGAAGCACUCAGCCUAGCACACUGCUACGUCAACUACACAAGCACCAUGCGCGGUAUCAGCCUCGGUAUCAUCCCCGCAGCGGAAAAGGAACGCACGGUACACAUCGUCGGACCCAACCAACCGCAUUUCGAACUGAUGGGCGUCAAGAUCCCCGUCAUGCAGAUGCAAGAUGGCUCGUACCGGGGUAUCAGUGCUGGAGACGUGGUGGGUCCGGAGAAAGCUUUCAACUACAUGAGGAGGUCGAUGGCUCAGACGCUGUCUAGUGUGGUGGGUGCGCUAAUCUUGUUGGCUGAUAGCUUCAUGGAGCCGAUCGAGACGAAAGAGGAAGAUGGCGAUGGUGAAGCGGUUCAGUACGGCGCGGAGUUUCUCAACUCGCGUGGGUACGAUCUGUACGCCGAAUUCCGACCGUCGACGUCGGGAGAGUGGGGUAAGAAGGGAAGGCUGUGGUACGACAAGGUGCUGGCCUUGCGGCGUGGCUGCGAAUCGGACUGGAUCGAAUGGAAGCAGAAAGAGGCACGACUGGAACAGGACGGCCCAAUAGAGGAAGACUGGAGCGAAGACGUCGAACGGUUGGUUCAGGAGGAGCUGGACAAGGAGCAGAAGCUAAAGGAAGAGGUAGGGAGCUGA